ACAGAGGUGUGGCCGGGGAGGAGGCGCCGGCUCCAGCUCUUCAUCCUCCACCUUCCCCGACACACUGCUCCGGAGCUGCAGCCGUGGGACAUCAUGCUGCCCUGGAGGAGACACAAGUUGGUUGUGGAGGAGUCAGGGAAGAGUCCGGGCUCCGCGGCCCUGCUGUCCUGUGUCCUCCGCUCCUGCCCGGACCUGCUGCCCCUACACAAGGUGUUCAGCAGCCGGAGACAGAAGGUGGAGCUGAACCCGCAGGAGCCCGUCUACACCGUGCGGUAUCUGGGCAAUGCCGUCACCCUCCAGGCCAAGGGAGAGGGCUGCACUGUGGACCUGGUCACCCGGAUCUGGCAGAAGAGCGAGUCCGCGGGCCGCGGAACCACCAUGAAGCUGUCCUUGGGCUCCUACGGCAUCAGGAUGAGGGGCUCCGGGGGGGCGGUCCAUACCUACCUGCUGCACCGGGUCACCUACUGCGCGGGGGGCGCCGGACACCCCCGGGUCUUCUCCUGGGUCUACCGGCACCAGAUCAAGAACAAGGCGGUGGUGCUGCGGUGCCAUGCGGUGCUGGUGUCCCAGGCGGAGAAGGCGAGGGCCAUGGAGGGCACCCUGUGCCAGGUCUCCACCAAUGCCUUCAGCCACUUCAAGAGACUCCAGAGGCAGAGCGACUCCAGGAGGCAACAGAAGGAACUGUGGGGGCAGGCUGCCGUGCCCGAGAUCCCGCGGAGGAGGGUCCUGAAUGACGUCUGCGCCUACCACCUCCCCGCGGAGCGCAGCAGGACCGUGCGCAGGCUCAGCGCCAUCCUGGAGGAGGAGGAAGGUGAGGACUGGAAGGAGACCCCGAGGAUAACCCUGCAGCACCACCUGUGUGACCGGGACACCAUCCUGGAGCUGGUCCAGGACCUCAGGAGACUCAGCAUCCAGAGGGCCCUCACCCAAAAACUGCUUUACCCCUCAAGGACCCGGCUGUCAGACUGGAAGCACCCCAUGAGGACUAUCAGCUGAGAGUGCCCCUGCCAGACACCCCUCAGGACCCCCAGACUGGCCUGCAGAUGAAGAGACUCCCUUAGGGCCCAUCCUCAGGUUGUCCCCAUAAGGCAGUGGUCUCCAAACAAUGGACCUCCAGAUGUUGCAAAACUUAAACUCCCAGCAUGCGGCUGCCCGGGCAUGCUGGGAGUUGUGGUUUUGUAACAGCUGGAGGUCCAAACUUUGAAGACCUUUUCCAUAGGGGGGUUACCCAACUUGUGACUCUCCAGCUGUUGUCUGGGUAUGAUGGGACUUGUAGUUCUACAACAGCUGGAGAGCCGCAGGUUGGGUAACCAGAAGCCAAUGUUUCGUAUUCCCAAGAGGUUCGGCAGCAGCUUGGGCUCGUUAACACCAUUGCCGUGUUGCAUUAAGCAGUUACUGAUUUCCAGGAGGUGUUGACUGAGCGCACUGUAAAAUUCCAAUAACUCGUGCGUGGGGGCCCCCGAGCUGCCUUCUCUCCGUGUGAGGGGCCCGUGCGUGUGAUUCAGUCUGUUGUUCCCUGUUAUCAGCCAUUUCUGGUUGGAUCCAUGUAUAGACCCCCCUCCCCCAUAUAUGUGACUGAUACUCGUGUCACACUCCAGCUUCCAGGGUUACUGGCCCUUUAAAUGCUUGCUGUGGCCACCCAGGGGUUAAUCUGGUGAGACACGGCGUGGCGUUUCACUAAUCUUUGGCAAAGAGAUGGCAGCUAAUACAAUCUGUUUAUUGCAAAUGAUGAAUGGUUGUUUUAUCUGCACCUAGGAAAGUUGGGUGACAAGCAGUAUGGCCACCGUCCGGGUCCGACACCUACAGGUAAGGCCGCGUUCACAUCAUGAUUUUUGCAUCCAUCCAGUUUAUCAGGUAUAGAAUCGUAUAUCUAGACCAGCGUUUUCCUACCAGGAUGGUUCCAACUGUUGCAAAACUACAACUCCCAGCAUGCCCGGACAGCCAUUUUAGUUUUGCAACAGCUGGAGGUGCACUGGUUGGAAAACACUGAUCUAAACAUAUCCAUAAAAUUCAUUAUGUGACUGUGGCCUAACUAGUGCUGGGUUUCCAUAAGGGAUUGUCACCCAUCUUUCCCUGGCUUUAACAAUAUUUGCCUUUCAGGAGUCAAGGAAAGCUGGGUGAUGUCCCUGCUGGGAGUUGUGAUAGUAGCCAUGUUGGAUGUCACCCAGAUUUCCCAGACACUCAUCAGAUUCACCUAGCUGUCUGUGGGGGAAGGGUCUAACUGAUGGCAGCACCCUUUGUUGUUGUCACCCAGCUUUCCCAGAUUCAGUAAUGCAGCUAUAGUCACAUGCAUCAGAUUCUGGAAAAGUUGGAUUAUGAAGGGAGCUGAAGUUUUUGUCACCCAGCUUUGUCACCCAGCUUUCCCGUGCUCUGAGCGUCACACUUAUACAUAGUUUCUUAUUUAAGUGCAUAACUACAUAGAUUUGCCUUUUAGAAGUCUAUAUAAAGCUGGGUGAUGUCCCUGCUAUGUGAUUGCACCUAUUGGUUGUCAUCCAGCUUUCCCAGAUACAGGCAUAGCACAUGAAUGACUGAUAGAGUCUAGAAAAGUUAGAUUAAAGAGGGAGCUGUAGAGAAUGCUCAAUGGUUGUCACCCAGCUUUUCCAGACCCCUGAUCAGCAGAUCUAUCAGCUUUGCUCUCCUGCCAUCUUCAUAGAUCUUAUUACUAGGCAACAACCCCAGGGGGAGCAGUGAAGGCGGACAUUUUACUGUCACUCAGCUUUUCCAGGCUCAGAGGUUCCUCGUAGUAUUGGUCUUUUAGAUGUUAAGGAAAAGCUGGGUGACUGCAUCCUUGGUUGUCACCCAGCUUUCCCGUGCUCUGAAGGGCUUACUAAUAUAUAGUCCCCUGUUUCAGUGCAUGUCUACAUAGAUUUGCCUUUUAGGAGUCCAGGAAAAGCUGGGUGACAUUCCUGCUAUGUGAUUGAAUCCUAGUUUGUUGUCACCCAGCUUUUCCAGAUCCUUUAAUAGCGCUUGGAUCCCUGAAGGAUCCCUGAAGGAAAAUCAUGAUAAGAGGGAGCUGUGAAGGUGUCCACAGUGAUUGUCACCCAGCUUUCCAAGACCUGAUCCCAGGGGAAGCAGUCAUGGUGGCCAUAUUGGUUGGCACACAGCUUUGCCAGGCUCAGAGGUUUCCAGUAAUAUUCAACUUUUAGGAAUCUAGGAAAAGCUGGGUGACAUCUCUGCUGGGAGUUGUGAUUGCAUCCUCGUUGGUUGUCAUCCAGCUUUUCCAGAUCCAUUAAUCCGGCCAUUGCUCAUAGAUCCCUGAAGGAUUCUGUGAAAUCUGGAUUACAGAGGGAGCUGUGAAGGAUCCCCAGUGGUUGUCAUCCAGCUUUCCCAGACCCCUGAUCAGCAGAUCUACCAGUACACAGCACUGCUCCCCAUCACCCCCCAUACAUUACUAUGGAGCAGUGAAGGCGGCCAUAUUGGUUGUCACCCAGUGUCUUUCCAGGGGGCACCUUGGGGCAACCAAUCAGAUUCCAGCUUCCAUUCUGCAGAGACCAUUCUAAACAUGAACGCUGGGAUGUGAUUGGCCGCUCUGGGCUCCUCCCCCUGAUUCGCUGUAGUUGUCGCUUUGUGUUCUGCGUCCACGUGACGUGCACGAUCAUCCGGCGAGGUCGUGUUUGUUGAUCAAACACUGAUGUUAUCAUAUACACAGGGCGGCCAUUAUUAACCCCGCGCUGCCCUCCCUCCGCCCGAAAAUUGAGAGCAGACCAGACACUAUAUUUCAUGAUCACCGUUUGCUGUCAGUGAAUGGAACAAUGCCCAGAGACUCACAUUUUAUUUGUUUAGUUUUGCUGCAAAAUUUUGCCUGCAUGGCUAUUCAGUAGGUGACGCGCCAAAAUUUGCGCCACUUUUCAUCCAUCCGGUUAUUAUGGGCUGAAAGCACAACUGACUGCCCAAAAAUGUCACCUGCUUUAUGGCGUGUAUUUUGGCGCUUCGGCACGAAGACACGCGUCACUUAUACGGAGUCGGCAUCCAGACUGUGCAACGUUUUUUAUUUAUUCCCCUUCUGUCGCUCACACAGGGACUUUACAUUCACUGACAGCAAGCAGGAGUCUUGAAAGGGGUAAGAAGAUAAAAUAAAAUCAACGCCAGCGUGGUUUGGCUCGCUUAGCACUGCCCACACUGAUACAUUGCAACAAACGUUCAGCUGUGGGAAAUAUCAGGACAGUCCUGGUUUUCGGAAUGUUUCUAUUCACUCACAGCAAGCAGAGGUCUUGAGAAUUCAAUCACAGUCUUUUAAAAAUUAGCAGAACAGUGCAAACUCCGUUUGGGACAGUGUUACACAAACCAGGGUGCCUCCAGCUGUUGCAAAACUACAACUCCCAGUACGCCCGGACAGCCUUUGCAGCAAUGCAUUUCAUUACUGUAACUGGGUCAUGUGAUCAGUCUGAUCCAAAGAAUAUUGCAGUGCUUAAUGCAGUGUUUCACAAACCAGGCGGCCUCCAGCUGUUGCAAAACUAAAACUCCCAGCACGCCCAGACAGCCAUUGCCGCAAUGCAUUUCAUUACUGUAACUGGGUCAUGUGAUCAGUCUGAUCCAAAGAAUAUUGCAGUGCUUAAUUUAGUGUUUCCCGACCAGGGUGCCUCCAGCUGUUUCAAAAUUGCAACUCUCAGCAUGUCCGAACAGCCGUUGCGACAAUGCAUUUCAUUACUGUAAGUGGGUCAUGUGAUCACCAGUCUGAUCCAAAAAGAAUCACAUUGCCUAAUGUUGUGUUUCCCAACCAGGGUGCCUCCAGCCGCUGGCUGUCCGGGCAUGCUAGGAGUUGUAGUUUUGCAACAGCUGGAGGCACCCUGGUUGUGAAACAUUGGUUUAGGGGGUUCUCGUAUACCAAAUUGAUUCUUGUUACUGCCAUGGAGCGGUUGGGCCCUCAGGGGCCACAGGUGAAGAGCAGGGUCAUACUAGGGCCCUGCCAGGUGCUAUUGUGUGACUAUGUUUUCUGUCACUGUGUACUAUGAUGUCAUCACUGCACCAGUGACAUCACAGCUGAACAUCUGCUUGCUGCGGGUGAAUGGAUUCCUGUUGGUUACUGUAGGUGCGUUACUAUGUAUCAGUGCAGGUAGGCGUCCAGGCUGCUUUCAUCCACCCCGCCCUCCCGCCCCAAAAAAAAACGAAUAAAAAAAAAACAGCGCCACCCCUGCUCUCAGGUUGUGUGUGGUAUUACGACUCCAUACGCUUCAAUGAAACUGAGCUGCAAUACCGCACACAACCUGAGGGCAGGAGUGGUGCUGUUUCUGGACUAAUCAGCUGGAUAUAUACUGGUCCUGCUCACACAGCUGAGGGUUUGUUACAAGUGUUGCUGUGUAUAAGGCUAAUACAGGAAUGAUACACUGUAACAAGUCUUCAGAACUACGGCGGCACCAGGACAGGUAUUAUAUGAAGUUCAGCAGACACAAACCCUCAGCCAGUGUGCCUCCAGC